GUGGUUUUAGUUCAAUUCUUUUGGAACCAAAAUGAAGUUGAUAAAAAUUUGUCUGUUGUUUCUUUCACUUGUGGGAUGUGAAGCGUUGUUCGGUGUAGAAGUUACCCCGAACAUACCAGAAGCGGCAACCAUUACGAAUGCUUGUUUGAAAUUCGUAUCAGUAUCGCAGCAGAUCAGACAAUCUGUCAACAGUCUGGGAGAGUUGACGUUCGGCACAUUUCUACUUCAAACUGGUGCUACGUCCUUCGUCAGCUCGGUAUCUCAAACCUACACAACUCUCGCUGCGAUCGCACAGGAAGUAAAUACGGUAACGAAUGCGAACAGUGGCAAUUUAAACACAAUGUUCUCGGUUGCGGUUACCAACAUGAAAGCCUUCAACUCCAUCACGAUAGACGAACGUUUUGCCAAAUGGUUGAUACUGUUGGGUGGUACCGCACCCGAUUUUUCCACCAUCAUCUUGACGCUAAAUGAAGUGAUUGAUUUUUUCGAAAACACCCUCCAAACGGGCAUGCCAACAUUUGCAUCGAACAGAAUUUCACAAGCCACGUUCUAUAACGUUAUUCCAAAGCAGAAAGUCAGUACCGUGGCACAAAAGUUAACUGAAAUGGCCGACUAUCAUGAAACGGUUGUACUGCCACUCAUCAACAAACUUGGCAGCACGUUUCGUAUGACCUCUGAUAAGUUUGUCAUGUUCGUCUCAACUGCGGACCAGGCGUUCCAAACCAUGGAUGGAACGUUGACUUCAACCUACGGAAGGUUUAUCGAAUUGAGCAAAUCGGUUCGCUUGGCAGCGAAUGAAAUGCAGCCUACCAUUCGGUCCUCUGUGCAACAGUUCACCACACGGAUGGAGGAGUUCACCGAUCUUCAUGUUGGUGGAUCGGCCAGCGAGUAUGCCAAGUCAGCUACCGACAUGUACAACGCUUGUCUGACCACACUCACCGAACAAAUAAAGGUGAUAGAAAAUCGUUUAGAACGUACCCGAAACGCUUACAGCGACAGUGUAGUGCAAAGUUUCGGUCAGGCGCUUGAGUUGGGUUUCAGAAUAGUGACACAAUCACUUCUGUUCACCAUACAAAAUGCAGCCAACCGAACAAGAGUAUCCUGCAGUGAACAGGCGUUCCAUAAAUUCAUCAGCGAUUUCGGUAACUUCCUGCGGAACAAUUUUUGCGAAUGUUUUUCCGGCAGUGAGUACGACAUAUCGACGCCCGUCAACGCACAGAUGACAACGGUUAGAGAUAUCCAGAGGGACAUAGCACAAUAUUUUAAUCAACUCACCAGCGCUAUUGGUGGGCUCUCGAAUUCUAGCCCGCAAAGUGCACGAAUGCAGCUGGACAUGUUUCUCACUGCGUUCUUCAGCCAGAGCAACAGUAUAACGCCCACCCUUUUGCAGCAGUUGGUCAACAUGGCAACAAAGCUUGGUGUUGAUUAUGAUCUUCUGAUCGGUAGAUCGCGUUACUGUCUGGCGAUGAAUGUGGCCGUAGCGGACCGGUUGGCGCUAAAUUUUUCUUCCGCCAUGACCGCCUGUAUGUCUUAAUUGGAAACAAAGUGUUCGGGAUUCAUUACGCAAAGGAUCUUUUGCGCUGUAUGCAAAAUAAAAAUGAAUAGAGUACAUGAGUAGAGUGCAGGAUGUUGGCGUCUACAUGUAAAAAUGAUUCAGUUCGAAUUCCUUAAAAACGAGAGAAUUUUUUUUUUAUUUUUGGACAUUUAGUGUUUUCCUACAUUUUCAUGAAAGAUUAAAUUGAACAGCUUAUUAAAUUAUGUAUAGAGUUUUCCUUAUUUCAAGCCGAUUUUUAUCAACAUUCACUUUUGCAUACUACGGUAACAAUUACCGUCUUAAGAUGUUACUUGGUGAUUGUGGGUAGGACCGACAGUCACAGCGGUACUGGCGAUAGAUAAUUCAUAAUUUCCCGACGAAGAAAGAUAACUUGAAGACGUUGAACGGUGGAUCCGCCUAUACCGAAUGAAUAAUGAAUGCGAUAAGUGCCACAAUUAUCAAUGACGAUCCGUCGGUGGAUUCCUCGUCUGUUGUUACUCCGGCAAUAAUUUCCCCGAACCUUGACCUCGGUCAGGACAUCACAAUCCGGUAAUCGUAAAUCGUAGUAAUCAUUUAAAGUGGCCCGAGGUGUAAUUGGUUGUUUUGAUUUGACUCAACAACCACGGGGCGUAACGUUGCUAUUACGAUUUGAAUGUCGUAUUUCGUUGCGAUAAGAUGAGACCAAUUUUGUACAGAA